AUGAACUCGGAAGAACUAGAAUCGAGCGAUUCUGUCGUGAAGCUCGAGACUGAGCAAGCUGGUCAAUACUUGCUCAGCGCGGAGGAUGCCGAGCUUUUACAAGAGAUUCUCAAACACAAUCUCUCACAUGAGUCGGGUGAGAAACGGAAAUUCAGGUUUCAGGACCUGGAAUUCACCCGACAGCUGAGUACCUUUCAAGAUUUGGGCACUACAGCCCCCCAGUUCCAUGGCUUUUUUGUUCUCUUCUGGAUGGGGGUGACCCUGAUGUUAUUCAGGCUUGCUGCCAACAAUUGGAGAACCUAUGGCAGCAUAUGGGGCAAAAACGAGAUUAUUCAUCUCAUGUUGGAUAAAGAUGUCAUGGUCCUCGGGCUGACUGACUUGCUCCUUUGUUGGUCUACGGGGUUUUGUCUGAUACUACAACGAGUGGUACUCAAGGGAUAUAUUCGUUGGAACGGUCUCGGUUGGCUUAUUCAAAAUAUCUGGCAAACUACAUACCUUGGAGUCGUUAUAUGGUGGACAUAUCAUCGCGAUUGGCCGUGGACACACACGGUCUUUAUCGUAUUGCACUGCUUGGCUAUGCUGAUGAAGCAACACAGCUAUGCAGCUUACAAUGGCUACUUGUCAGAAAUGUAUCGCAAACGAAAUAUGCUGAGAGCAAGUCUUAGCCAAAUCAAAGACAAAGACAGAGGACAUUCUACAUCUGCCAAAAUAGGGCACUCUUCCGCGGUUGAUACGGAACUCAAUGCUGAGAUCACAGACCUCAAGAGAAAAGACUCUAGUCGGCGCUCUUCUGACCUCAGGAACUAUUCUCGAUCCCAUGAAACCGACCAGCUUUUAUCACUUAUUGGAACGAUUGAGACCGGCGUGCCGCUUGAGCCGAACCAGGUGAAGUCCCUCAGAGAGCUACUUGAGCAGGAGAUCGAGGUCUUAUCUGAGGGAUUACAGGGCCGUUGUUCACUGACCAACAAUCACUAUCCUCAAAACUUGACAAUAAGAAAUAUCUGUGACUUUAUGGCAUUGCCCACAUUGGUCUAUGAGCUUGAAUACCCGCGAACCAAGAAAAUUGACUGGCUCUAUGUCGCAGAGAAAACACUGGCCACAUUCGGCAUCAUUGUGGUUAUGAUCGCAGUCUCCCAAUCAUGGAUAUACCCGGUAGUGAUGGACACGGUGCAUAUGAAAGCGGAGGGAAUGACCGCUCAGGAGAGACUUCGGGAAUUUCCCUGGGUUCUCGGUGACUUGCUUUUUCCAUUCAUGAUGGAGUAUCUACUCGCAUUCUACGUGAUAUGGGAGUGUGUUCUCAAUGCUCUAGCUGAGAUCACCAUGUUUGCGGACCGAGGGUUCUAUUCCGAUUGGUGGAACUCGGUCUCGUGGGAUCAGUUCGCGCGGGAUUGGAACCGCCCAGUCCAUAACUUCUUAUUUCGGCAUGUAUACCAUGGCUCUAUCAGUGAAUACCGUUUGUCGCGAUCGAGCUACAUCUCACGCCCCAAGCGUUUUACCAGAUGUGCCAUACUGCUGCUCACCGAUGUAAUUGGUCACCGUUUCACCAAUGCGCAGCUUAUUGCGGACCAACUAGCAGAAAAUGGCUACGUGGUUGUCAUGCCAAACUAUCCCACGGGCCCUCCCAAUCAUCUGCCAGACCAUAUUGAACCCGUGGUCCAGGCGAUACUAAAGGAAAUGAAGUCCAACAUGGGAUGUGAGCGUGUUAGUGCUAUCGGAUAUUGCUUCGGGGCAAAAUAUGCCGUCCAACUGCUCCGGCCAGGCCUUUGCGAUGUUACCUAUAUGGCAAACCCGAGUUUUGUCGAAGCAGAGAAACUACAAGCAGUCCAAGGCCCAUUGUCUAUUGCCGCGGCUGAAACCGACUCAACCUUCCCGGCCUCAAAGCGCCAUGAAUCCGAGGAUAUACUGGCCAAGACAGGCCAGCCGUACCAGAUCAACUUUUUCAGUGGCGUUAAGCAUGGGUUUGCUGUCCGUGCAGAUAUCGCCAAGCCGGCAAUCCGCCUUGCCAAAGAGUCUGCCUUCUUGCAAGCAGUUGCAUGGUUUGAGCAGUAUCUUUAA